UUUGGUAAAAUUAGAAUUCAUGUACUGAACCUUUUUCAAGUUCUUUUGGUUGGCUUGAUAUAUUUGGUUGUGGGGUUUGUAGAUGUGGUGAGGGAUGAUCCUACAAACAAUGUCCCAGAUGCAAUUUUGUCGAAACUUGGAAUGCAGCUUCACAGGAGGGAUCAACACCCAAUUGGAAUUCUGAAGAAUGCAAUAUAUGAUUAUUUUGAUGCCAAUUACUCAAACAAAUUUGAUAAGUUUGAUGACCUUUGCCCAAUAGUCUCCACAAAAGAGAAUUUUGAUGAUGUCUUGGUUCCUCCUGAUCACGUCAGUAGGAGUUACAAUGAUACAUACUACAUUAACUCUCAAACUGUCUUGAGGUGCCACACUAGUGCUCAUCAAGCAGAGCUGUUGAGGAGGGGACACACUCAUUUCCUUGUGACUAGAGAUGUUUAUCGUAGAGAUUCCAUUGAUUCAACUCACUACCCUGUUUUUCAUCAGAUGGAAGGUGUUCGUGUCUUCUUUCCAGGUGAUUGGGAGACAUCUGGAAUGGAUGGCACGUCUUAUGCGGCUGAGGAUUUAAAGAAAUGUCUUGAGGGUUUGGCACAACACUUGUUUGGUAAACUUAGAUCAGGAGAUUGUCUUAAUCAGAUGCAAACUUAAUACUAUCAGUUGAUGCUGCAGUGAGAAAUAUGGGUUAAGGAAUUAUUUACCAGGUCUAAUAAU